AAUGUGCAAACAUAUUCUCAAUGCCUAAGUAGCUAUCAGAGCAGCAUGUUGUAAAAAGUAAUAGAUUAUUAAUAUAUUUAUAAGAUGGUUUGAUUGUGCUGAAUGUCAUUAAGAACUGGAAAAUCAUCCAUUACUAAAAAAUAUUGAGAUGGUUUUCGCUUGUAAGAAAUGUAAGAAAGUUUUCCGUAAAGACAUUACUGAUUAUGAUGAAUCAGAUGAAUAUUGUCCUCAGUAAAUAUAAUUCAAUACUUUUAUAGUUGUGAUAAUCACUAUGUUCUUAAAGCAGUUACACAAGAAUCAAAAGAGAUUUAGAAAUUCGAGAAUUUAGUUAAAGAAGUCAAAUAAUGAU